CUUCCCACGGUGCGCGGCGGGGAAGCCCCGCCCCCACCCACCCCAGGUGUGCGCGAUGACGUCACGGCGGCGCGGCCCCGCCCCCCCACGGCCAGGUGCGCGCGCUCGGAGUCGGGGGGCGCCGGGGGAGGGGGAGGGGAGGCCGGACCCGCCCCUCCCCCCCAGCUCCGGAGCGUCCCAUGGUGCACCGCGGCGGGGGGGACAGCCCCCCCUCCCCCCCCGGCCCAGGGGACGGGCCCGCGGCGGCGCUGGAGGGGCUGAGGCUGGAGGACGAACGCCCCCCUAAAGAAGGGGGAGGGGCGGCGAUGACGUCAGAGACGAUUAGCUCAGAGGCAGUGACGUCAGAGACGAUGACGUCAGAGAUGAUGACGUCACAGGCAUCGGUGACGGCGGGGGGGCAGCCCGUUCUGGCCCAGCUGAUGUUCUCCCACUGCACCGACCGGCGCUGGAUCCUCCUGGGGCCCCCCUGCGACCCCCCCCGGGUGCUGGCGCUGCGCAGCUCCGUGCAGGGCGCCAUUGGCCUCCAGAGGUCCGGGAGCCUCCCCCGGCGCCGCGUGGGGGAGGGGCCGGGACCCCCCCACCCCCCCCGGCCCCGCUCCCAGCACGGCCACGGUGCGCUGGCGCUGCAGCUGGACCCCGAAUCGUACAGUUUGCCCAGUACGUGUCUCCGACUGGCCCAACUGGAGCUGCGGGUCCGGGAGGCCUUGGCCGAGCGCGAGCGGCUCCUCCGCGCCAGGGAGGCUCGAAAAGCUGCCAAGGCCCCGCCCACCACGGACACACCCAUUUCUCAUGAGGCCACGCCCUCUCCAGCACAGGACACCCCCCCUGUGGCUCAGGCCACGCCCCCUCCAGAGCCCGACCUCCUGUGUGCCCUCCGUGCCCGGGGCCACCGUCCCGAGGCUGUCGGGGGGCUGCGGAUUUUGGGGGGGUCCCUGAGGGGUCCCCUCACCAAGAUGGGGGGGCGCAUCAAGACCUGGCGGCGACGCUGGUUCCACCUGGACCCCCAGAGGAGGGUCCUGGCCUAUUAUGGGGACCAAGCACAGACGAAGCUCAAGGGCGUCAUCUACUUCCAAGCCAUCGAGGAGGUUUGGUACGACCCCGGGCGCGUGGCCGGAAAGAGCCCCAACCCGCGCCUCACCUUCUGCCUCAAGACCUACGAGCGCCUGUUCUGGCUGGUGGCUCCCAGCGCCGAAGCCUUGAGGAUCUGGAUGGACGCCGUGCUCACCCUGACCCGCGGCAGCGGCUCCUUCUGAG